AAAUGCUGAUGAGGAGAGGAUCACCAGGAUGAAGAUAAAAUGAGGAAAUGAGCAGGCACAGUGUGAAACAAUGUAUCAGUGCCAAAUAAGGAGAGAUGAGUUUGAAUAUGCAAAUAAUAUUUAUGAGUAAAUUAACUGCAGCUAUUAUUAACAUACAAACUUUAAUUACAGUAUUAAUUAGUAGUAUUAUUAAUAUAAUUAAUUGCAGUUUAAGUGUGUGUUACAAAUAACCCAAUAAUAAGAAUAAAUUCAUCUGAAAUUUUGCUGUUUUGUUGUUGUUUUUUUCAUUAAAAAACAACCUUGUUUGCUGUUGCCGAAUUUGUAGUGACGUAAUAUGGUGCCCAGCAGCCGGGAAGUUGCACUGCUGUGCUUCGUACACUAGAGGGCGUCCGUACACCGCUGUGCCUCCACAAUACAAUGGGCGAGGCUUCCCCACUGACGACCACCGCGCUUCCAGUUUGGAGAGCCAAGACUUUUUUUAAAGGUCUUGUGGGAGGAACGAAAGAGGACGAUAGAGCUAUCGUUUCGCCGCCGUGUCGGGAAGGGAAUUCUGUGGCUGUGCGCUUGUGGUUGGACAACACAGAAAAUGACCUCAAUUUGGGUGACGACCACGGCUUCAGCCCGCUGCACUGGGCCUGCAGGGAGGGGCGCGGUGGCGUGGUGGACAUGCUGAUCAUGAGGGGCGCUCGCAUUAACGUGAUGAACCGCGGCGACGACACGCCUCUGCACCUGGCGGCCAGUCACGGCCACAGAGACAUCGUGGCCAAGCUGAUCCAGUGCAAGGCGGAUCCCAACACUGUCAAUGAACACGGGAACACGCCGCUGCAUUACGCCUGCUUCUGGGGCCAAGACCAAGUGGCAGAGGACCUGCUGGCCAGCGGUGCUCAGGUGUGCGUGUGCAACAGGUACGGCCAGACACCUCUUGACAAGGCCAAGCCUCACUUGAGGCAGCUGCUUCAAGAAAGGGCAGAGAAAAUGGGCCAGAGUCUGACCAAAGUGCCUUAUAAGGAGACCUUCUGGAAGGGCACCAUGCGGACGCGACCUCGCAACGGCACUCUCAACAAACAGGCCGGGAUUGAUUACAAGCAACUUUCACUGUUGGCAAAGAUCAACGAAAACCACUCAGGAGAGUGCUGGCAGGGUCGUUGGCAGGGUGAUGAGGUUGUUGUCAAGGUGCUGCAGGUGAGAGACUGGACCACCAGGAAGAGCAGAGACUUUGGCGAGGAGCAUCCCAAACUCCGGAUCUUCUCUCAUCCAAACAUCCUUCCUGUUCUUGGAGCGUGCCAGUCGCCGCCCUCCCCUCACCCCAUCAUCAUCACGCCCUACAUGCCCUACGGAUCUCUGCACAGCCUCCUCCACCAGGGCACCGCUCUGGUGGUGGACCAAAGCCAAGCCGUCAAGUUUGCGUUGGACAUCGCCAGCGGGAUGACGUUCCUGCACACUUUGGAGCCGAUGGUGGCGCGGCUGUACCUCAACAGCAAACACGUCAUGAUUGACGAGGACAUGACGGCCAGGAUAAGCAUGGCAGAUGCAAAGUUCUCCUUCCAGUGUCCCGGUCGCAUGUACGCUCCUGCCUGGGUGGCCCCUGAAGCCCUGCAGAAGAGGUCUGAGGACAUCAAUAGGAGGUCUGCAGACAUGUGGAGUUUUGCCAUGCUGUUGUGGGAGCUUGUGACCAGAGAGGUGCCCUUUGCAGAUCUUUCUCCUAUGGAGAUAGGCAUGAAGGUGGCUCUGGAAGGCCUUCGACCGACCAUUCCGCCAGGGAUUUCCCCUCACAUCUGCAAGCUGAUGAGGCUGUGCAUGAACGAAGACGCCGCCAAGAGACCCAAGUUUGACAUGAUUGUGCCCAUCUUGGAAAAAAUGCAAGACAAGUAAACAUGCGUUCACGCUAUAACUUGUAGCUGCUCUGCAACUGUACAUAAUGUCACUUUCACCACCCAAUAAAUAGACAACUGUUACCGGAAUUGCUGUUAGUGUAAUGUUCUUUUAUUAUGGCAGACUGAAAUAUUGGCUUUGUUUUUUUAAUGGCAACCAAACCAGCAACCAAAUAGCAAUGCAAUAAAAGUUUUAUAUUUAUGACAAAACGUUGUUUU